AUGUUUUCAAUGACUAUUCUCUCAUAUCGAAGAAAUAAAAAAAAUGCAGACCCAAAAUAUCAGGAAAACCUUGCUCAUGUUAUUAAGGAUAUAAUUUUAGGAGGUGAUCAUUCAACUCAUUCAAAAAAUCGUAAGAAGGCUAAAAAAGCAGUUAAGGCUUUACAAGAUGAAACGGCAGCAAAGGGCAUGAUAAAUGUAUUAAAAGCAAUGCCAGACCCAAACAUACCUUCAAUGGAAGUUACAGUUAUAGAAGAAGAAGAAACGAAAUCAACAAACCCUUCUGAAUCAUCUAGUAAAAAAAUAAAAAAAGAAAAGGUCACGAUUAAUCCACCUUCAACAAGUUCCAUUAAAUUAUUUAAACCACCUCUGGAUAGCAUUUCGGCUUAUGUUUACUGGUGGGGUUAUGAAAUUUAUGUCCCACAAAAUUGUAUGGGCAGAUUAGAUCAAGCUCAGAGCGUUGGUGGCAGUUUUUUGGGAUUUUUACAAGUGGUUGCAGGAAAUGCUUCUGCUAUUUCUCCUUAUUUCGGCUUUAUUUCGGCUUGGGUCAGUUUACAAUUUACUGUAAUUAAAGCUCAAAAUCUUGGUCAAGGUGUUGUUUUGGCUGCUACUUGGGUUCUUCCCGUGGCUUUAAUUCCAAGAGCAUGCUUUAUACAACCAAAUAUCGAGAAUGAAGGACCAGAAAAGGGUGACAGUUUAUUAGAUAGUACUAUUAAAAAGACUGGUUACCGUAAAAGGCGUUUAUCAAAAAUACCGGCUCCAGUUAUAAUUCCCCCGCGUUCCCCUAUUAUUAUAAGUGCCCCCAGUUCCGCUAAAAGUGAUUCAUUUUUAGAUUUACCUUCCCCAAAAACUCAAAGUCCAACAAAAAAGUUUAUUAUCAACCCUAUAACCGCGUUAACUGCUGCUUUUCAAAGAACUACUUCAACAGGUCGUAAAACUUCAACGACUACCUCAUUUUUAAAAUUCCAAAAAUCAAACAAUCCAAAAUCACAUAAACCAACCUCUCCAAAAGCUGCUUCUCCACAAUCACCAAAAUCACCUAAAUUUUUACAUCGAAAAGGUAGUUAUGAUUUUAAUCGUAAACAUUCUGAAGGUCUUAUUAGUCCAACCUCUAAUUUCCUUUCUAUUAAUGUAGCUCAAUCUCCAACAAAUAAUUCUAAAUCCACCGGGUUUUUCGGAAAAUCUUUUUCAUUAUCUAUCAGUACUUCUAAUCAAUCUACGGCACCUAAAUCUCCAUCAAAACUAAAAUUUAAUCUUAAGUCACAAAAAUCCCUUUCACCAUGUAGAAAAGCUUCACCAAUGGUACCUUCCGAGCUCGCAGAAAGAAUGAGAGAAUUCUCAUCUUAUAGUACAAAAGUUGAUGAUUCGUUUUUGCAAAGGUUACCUAAACCUAUUUUAAUAGAUGUUCGUAAUUUGGCGUUAUACCAAGAUGAUCAUAUUCGAGAAUCCUUUAAUGUCAAUUUACCAACGCUAUUGAUUAAAAGAUAUCGUCGCGGAAACAUGAGUAAUUUUUCCUUAGAAUCAUUUAUCACAACACCUGAAAGUCGUGAUAGAUAUUUAGACAUAGUGAAUGAAGAUGGUGAUCAAUAUUGUCAUGAUGUUAUAAUUUUUGACGAGACAAUGGAUGAAAUUGAUAAAUCUAGUCCAGGUUGGACUUUAUUGAGUGUCCUGGAAAGAAGUUAUAAUUCUCCACCUUCUGAUAAUGUCGAAGAAAAUUAUGAAACAUCAUCUAGAGGAAGAGUAUAUUGGCUUAAAGGAGGGUUCGAAGCAUUUAAGUCAUGGGAUCAAAAAAAUGAAUUUAUUGUAACAGGAUUGGAAUUUGGUCCUUCUUCCGAUAAAGGUUCUGUUGAUGGUACUGUGGAAUAUGAAGGUCAAGAACAACAGCAACAACACUCUAGUUUAGUUCGCAGAGAUUCUUUGUUUUCUGUAAAUACUGAACGAAAUUCUCUCAAGCGUAAAAAAAGUGGUAAACAAUCCGAAUUUAAAUCAGAAAAAAACAUGCAGCAACCACCACCUCUAGAAACAAAUGUUGGAACAAAGCAGAAUGGAAUUUCACGUGGGCGACGACCUUCAAAUGGGUUACAAUACUUGUUUCCAAUUAAUGGCAAUUGUAAAAUUGGUGAAUCGUUAUCGCUUUAUCCAACUCCUUAUGACUUUCCCGACACUGAAUUUGAUCCCGUAUCACCUAAAACUUCCACCCCUAUAACACCUUCCGAGGUUGCAUUCGUAGUUUCUACUAUAAUUCCUGAAUUUCUCUUUCUAGGUCCAGAUAUUACAAAGAAGGAAGAAGUGGAUGAACUGAAAGAUAAAGGUGUAAGAGGGAUUUUAAAUAUGGCUUUCGAAUGUGAGGAUAGUCUGGGAUUAAAAGAAAAAUUUGAUCGUUAUUUAAAAUUAAAUAUUAAAGAUGCGAUUGAAGAAGAUGUUGAAAGAGGAUUAAAAGUUGCUGUUGAUUUUAUAGAGCGUGCUCACGAGGAUAAAAUGCCAAUUUAUGUUCAUUGUAAGGCUGGAAGGUCACGUUCAGUGACGGCAGUUCUAGCUUAUCUAAUUAAAUCGCGUCAAUGGACGUUGAGGCACGCUUAUGAUUAUGUGAUUGAACGUAGAAACGUUAUAUGUCCUAACAUUGGAUUUGUUGCAGAGUUAAUGAGAUUAGAGAAAGGUGUACUUGGUAUUAAAAGAAACAGUGGCGCUGUUACUGAGUUUUAUCUUAGAAAUAAGGAAGAAAUGUUUGUUAUGGAAGGUGUUGUUGAACCAUUAAGUAAACCACCGAGAACUGCAUUUUUUGAAAAUUUGCAACUAGGAAGAUGA